AUGUUUGACAUUGCUUUUCAGAAGGAGGAAGUACGGAGACUCAUCACCUACAUCGACCUUACCACACUGGCCGGCGACGACACCAAGAGUCGGGUCGUCGCGCUUACGGACCGAGCCUUAGCUCCAGUUGACGGGGACUCAUCGAUCAGCUGCGCUGCCGUAUGUGUCUAUCCACAACGUGUCUCGGAUGUGGUGAAGCAUCUUGCCGAGAGGAAGAAGAAGCUAAAUGUUGCCUCUGUAGCCGCUGGUUUUCCGUCUGGGCAGUACCAUUUGCAGUCUAAGCUCUUGGAAGUACAACUGACUGUUGCCGACGGUGCGACAGAGAUCGACAUUGUCAUCAGUCGCGCUGCUGCUCUCGAUGAUGACUGGGAAACUGUGUGCAGUGAAGUGUCAGCCUUGAGGAGGGCUUGUGGUAGUGCACACUUGAAGACGAUUUUAGCUACUGGAGAACUAAGAACUUUGUCAAAUGUCUAUAAAGCGAGUUGGGCAAGCAUCUUAGCAGGGUCCGAUUUCAUUAAAACUUCUACGGGAAAGGAGACAGUAAAUGCUACGCUCGAAGUCGCGUUCGUGAUGUGUUCGGCAAUCAAGCGAUGGUAUCAAGUCACCGGGAAAAGGGUUGGGUUCAAACCCGCUGGAGGAAUCAGGACGCCCAAAGAAGCUCUGGCAUAUGUCGCGCUCAUCAAAGAUGUAUGUUUUUUCGUUUCAGAUUUUGGAGAGUUUUUGUUGACUUAA